CGGUUAGAACUCGGGAGAGACUGUCUCUUUAACAAUCCCACAAUCCUUUGCAUGGUUUAUGGGGAAGAGAAACACAGUGAUGUGCAAAUACAGACUUUAAGCUGAUAAUAAGCCUUUCAUCAGUGUAGAGCUCAGUGAAAUAGAGAGCUGAGAGGAUGGUGCUGGGAGUGAAGAUAUCAGAAUGAGACGAGCAGUGUAAAGUUAACUGUCGUUAUUGGUGUAAGUGAAGGAAGUAGCUGGUUAAUUAUUGGGUCAUGACGACUCUCAAGAGGAAGUUAUUGUCGAAGAGUAAUGCUUGUGAAACAGUAAAGAAGCGACUCCAGCGGCUGGAGGACAGAGACGAGGGCCAGGAUCAGGACUCGACCUGCAGUCAGUACUUUCCCAGUAAAGAUGAUAAUAGAGCCAGGCUGAGAUUCGACUUCUUUAAUCAGCCAUGUGUUGAUUUAGCCAAAGCCCUUUUGGGUAAGGUGCUGGUACGCAGACAUUCUGACAGCACAGAGCUGAGAGGCAGGGUGGUGGAGACGGAGGCCUACUUGGGUGGAGAAGACCAGGCAUCACACUCCGCUGGUGGCAAGCGUACAGAAAGAAAUGCAGCUAUGUUCAUGAAGCCUGGCACCAUUUAUGUCUACCCAAUUUAUGGCAUCCAUUUCUGCAUGAAUAUCUCCAGCCAGGGGGAAGGGGCAGCUGUGCUGUUACGUUCCUUGGAGCCCCUCCAGGGUCAGGAUGUCAUGAGGAGGCUGCGGCUAUCCAGACGUAAAGAGGGUUCCAAGAUGCUGAAGGACAGAGAACUAUGUAAUGGCCCGUCUAAGCUGUGCCAGGCCCUGGACGUCCAGCGCUGCCUUGAUCGCAAGGACCUGGCCUCAGAUGCAGAUAUGUGGCUAGAGACAGACACAGAGUGGAUGAUGCAAGGCGCAAGAGAUGUGGUUUCAGCCCCUCGGAUUGGAAUCUCAUCCCAUGGAGAAUGGGCCGUCAAACCACUACGAUUUUACCUGCAAGGUCACCCGUGUGUUAGCGUAGUGGACCGAGUAGCUGAGAGCAAGCAGUAGGAAGUUAAUGAGUCUGAUGAGGCCAAGACGGGAUGUUACAAGGUUUUAAAAAACUUAGUAUUACCAUGACCGCAGCAGUCCACUAAUAUUUGUAAGCAUAAUCAUGUAUGAAAGCCAAAGAGGUGAAAUGUUGUGUAAUAAAUCUCUAGGUCUGGGAA